AUGAUGUCGAAUCCUCUCAAAAUAAUUAAAAUUCUUUCUCUUUUCAAUCUGUUGAUCAAUCCCCCAAGUCCCGUUGAAUUCUCGUUUAGUGACGAGACUUGUGAGACUUUAUUUCAGGUCUUUAGUACGUCCCCUUGUUACAAGAUCCCGGAUGUUAACUUUUACUUUCAUUUUAUUGACGCAAAGAUGAAAGUAGACGAAAUAUUUAUCGUUUCUGAACGCCUUGUUACCAUCGUUCACAAAUGUUAUACAUUGUCCUGUAAUAACUCUGCAAGAGAUAUUUUUGCCGAGAAAUUAAAGAAAGGAGAACACCAGACACUACCAUACUUUACUGAUGGCAAUACUUGGUUUCAUUUCAUCAAAAGAGAAAAACUCUAUUUUGUUGCCACAACAAAUAAGGACACAUCACCCAUUCUUGUAAUUGAGAUUCUAACAAGGCUUUACCAUGUUAUCAAAGAUUUUUGUGGAGUUGUCUCGGAAGAUUCUCUGCAUGAAAACUUGCUCCUUGUUAUGGAGGUUUUAAAUGAGUUCAUGGAUUUUGGACUUGUUCAGCUGUCCACAACUGAAAAGCUUCAGCCCCAUAUUCAGUCUACACCAGUUCUUACCAGAUUUAACCAGCAACCAAUACAGGACAUCACAUCUAGAGUCUUUGGUAUAGAGAAGAAAAGUCUACCCACCCCAGCUACAGACACACCAGUAAUAAGUUCAUCUGUAAUUAAAGACAAGAGGAAAAAUGAAAUAUUUGUGGACCUCAUAGAAAGGGUAACCGGUGUGAUUAAUGCUGAUGGAAGUAUAAGUCGUCUAGAAGUAAAUGGUGCAAUGAAGGUUAAAAAUUUCUUACAUGGUAGUCCUCAACUCAAGAUCAUCUUGAAUGACAAUGUAAUUGUCCAGAGAAAUUCCAGAAUUAAAGCUUAUGGAGAUAAUGUCCAGCUUGAUACCUGUGUUUUUCACGAAUCUGCAAAGGUAGACAACCCAGACUCACCACAAGUACUGACUGUCUGUCCACACAUCGGAGAGUUUACUCUGAUGUCAUACAGUGUGAGUGGGGAGAGCAGCAUUACCUCCCCUUUUCAUUUUGUCUCCUCUGUCCAACCAAUAGAACAAAGCAGAGACAUGAUGGUGACCUUGAGGAUAAAAAGUAGAUUAGCUGUGCCCUGUGUUAAUGUGCGUCUAAAGUUUGGAGUUCCCCGGUCUGUGUCAAACAUCUCCCAGCACUUGGAUAGCCCUGACCAGUCAGCUGCUUUGGAGAAGAAUGAUGGCACAAUUCUGUGGACCCUGAAAACUCUGGCACCACAAGCCGAGUCAGUAGCCCAAUUCAGGCUGAUAAACCAGUCAGGCCCACUAAACAGGGAAGAUAUGGGACCAGUUCAGAUGAAGUUUGAAAUUUCUGGUUGCUUGUUGUCAGGAAUGAAGAUAAAAACUGUUAAAGUUUUGAAUCAAGAGCAGACAACUCCACAGAAAUGGCUGCGGUACAUCACUGUUAGUGACUCAUUUCUUGUCAAACUUGUAUAGAACUGUGAUAAAAGAAGUUCCUAGCCAGGUUUCUAGUCAAUUGCCGGUAAAUGUAGCAAUGUUAUUAGAGGACUUGUGCAGUAAUGAUUCGUUUAUUUAACUGUUAUUCAUGAACUUGAUGAAGUUUUAAUGAAAAACUUGCUUAUUACUAUCAGCAAGUUCAUGUAUUCCUGCCAAAUUUUGUAACUUCAAUUGAUAAAAUUCAGUAAAACAUGGUGACUAUGAACAUGCAUUGCCAAAAUGAAUUAAAGCUUACAGCAAAGUCACUUUCAUUCUUUAAAGUCUUUAAACAUAUUUUUAAGAACUACAUGCAAAUGAUCAUAAGAAGCUAUGUUUAUAGUGAAUAAAAAAAUGUUUGUCAA